AUGGAAGAAACUAAUGCAGAAACAAUGACAAUCGCGCAGAAGUACGUUUCGAUGUUCCGCAUCGAUGGAGUUCCAAUUUUACCGCCAUUGAUUACGCAAGAAAAACGCCGGCAAAUGCAAAAAUUGAAAGAGAAGGCAGUUAAGGUUGAACAGCGCCUUGAGGAAUGCCGUCGCAGAAGGGGGAGAUAUAACUUGGAAUAUUCCACGGUCGGUGAAGAGUUAAAACUAGAUCAAACAGGAGGGAGUAAUAACCACGAUAUUAGCAGCAGCAGCAGCAGUAGUGUGUCUGAACACAUAAAACAAGAUAAUCAACAUGAAGAAGUUGAAAAAUCAUAUCUGUUGCUUUCAGAUCUUUUAGUUCAAAAUGAAGUCGGUUCUUCAUCGAUUAUACCUAAUCAAAAUAAUUGCAAAAUGAACCGUCAAGCCUCCGGAGAAGCUCGUAAUAAUGAUUUAGAAAUUAUCGAACUACGGUCUUCGGAAACGAAUCUCAUGCAGCGGAUGCAAAAGUUAAAAAAAUCCGAAACAUUGAUCAUUGAGCAUGGUUCCAAUACACUCUUAACACCUUUAUCAGAAGAUGAAAUUCAACUUUUUCAACAACAGCAGCAGCAAAUUAAUUUGGACCAUCCGAAACAGAAACCUUUAGAAGGUAAAGUUUAUUUAUAUGAAGUUGACGAGGAUGAAAAUCCCAAUUUUCAAAUACAUCAGAGACCCAAACCAUGCAUGGAUAAAUCUUUAAUGAAAAUACCAUCAAUAUGCAUUGAUCCGCCAACACCAAUCACAGCAACGUGUACUUUUAGUGACAGUAUAAAUCAGCAAUGUAGCAUUGAUAUUAUAAAUGUGAAUAAUGACAAGAAAGCCAGCAAGGAAACAAACAAGUCAUUGAUGGAAGAAUAUGGUUCAGAUGAAAGCUUCAAUUAUACAGGGUCCACGACAAAUCUUGAACGUGACCUUAAAACACAUCGGAAGGUAACGAACAUUACUAGCAAAAUUAUCAAGUUCGAAAACUUUUCUACAACGGAACAAAAAGAAGACACAGCGAAAUGUUCUAAUAUAAGGCCUCCGCAGCGAUCAGCCACAAGUCCAUCGUUGAAUGCAGGAACUUCGGAGAGAACACAGAUCGCUCCCGAUUCUCUAGGCGUGACACAUGGUUCACAGAGUCACAACGGUUUGGUCCGCUCCAAUUCAUUCACGUUAGAGGGUCCUUCAGAAGCAUUAAUCGAACAUAUCCGUCAACAAAAAUUACCCCCUAACAAUAAUUACCCCACUAAGCGUUUGAAUUUAUUUUCCAUUAGUGCUACACGCGACACUGUGGAAUCAAAAGCCAAGCGUGUACAGAAAAUAGAUUUGAAAUCCCGUUCAGUACCAACGCGCUUUCAGCUAAAGCCUUCUACCACAAACAUAACCACUCCGUCCCUUUCGCAUUCAACUAAUAACAAAAUAAAACGUUCGCCAUAUGAACAAAAGGUCACCAAACCAAAGAUGGGGCGCCAACUGAAAAAAUCAGCUUGCGGCACCUCAUCUAUCAAACAAAUGAAGACCAGAACUUCGAUGCCGAGCAUACCUUCAGACAAAAAAUCGACAGAAGUUGCACGCGAGCCAGCAACAAACAACCUACACUUUAACGACAUUGAAACUGAACACCGUCAAAAAUUCCUAGAAUUGUUGGCACAUCAAAAAAAGGAACAGCAACGAAUGCACCAGUUAUUCGAAGAGCAACAACAGCACUUGCUCGAACAACUUACUGCCAAAAUGAGUAGCGCGAAUAUUUGCCUGAAAAACGUUAAUGAUAAUGGCUCGUUGGACAAUUCUCCUUCCGCCAAACCGAUCUUGGUCGCUACUCUGUCGUUGCAAUCACCAACAAUUACUGCCAACAGUUCAGUUGCCUCCAAUUCCAUGGAUAGCACGACUGGCAUAUGUGAGUUGUCAUCUCUAGAGUUAUCUGCUUGUUCGUCUACCAUACCGACAACGUCGCAAAGUAGCAACCGCUGCACACCGAGACGUCGCCUUUUUUCGCGUGAUUUCUCUCCUUCAGCGUCGUUAUGCAGUAACAAUAUAGUGGAUGCUCAGAACGUGAACCGCUCAAAUGGAACAACUCCGGGGCGCUCCGGCAGCCGCUACAAGGCAGAAAAUUCUGACUUAAGCGAGGAAGCACGGCGACGAGCUGCUGCAGUGACAAAAAUUAAUGCGCAUGUGCGUGGUUAUUUGGUACGACGUCUAUUUCAAACGGAACAAAUUCAACGUAUCGUCCAGACAAUUAAAGAUACACUAAUAUUCGUUUUCAGUCUGCACAUGGAAACUAUGUACGAUCCGGUUGAGGCGAAGGCGCCUGAUAAUGUCAUAUUGAAGGCACGACUUUUAAGACAGUUGACUUCAACAAUGCAUACACUACACUUAAUACUAUUUCAAACAACGGUCAAGGAACGGAUGGAAAUUAUUAGUCGCGACCGCAAACGAAUUAAAACUAAAAUGCUCACUUUGAGUAUGAAAAGGACACCAACUUUUCGUACAUAAUUCAUGAAGUCAACGUACUCACGUAUUUGCAAAGCAAAAAUACUCAUUUAAACCAUCACAUACAUACAUAUCAAAUGCAAUUUGUCAUACAUUCGAGGAGCCAAGCUUCUUGCCAAAUAAAGACUCGAUUUACUAAUAAAGUAUUAUUUACAAGAAAUAA